UGCGGUGUCUGUGUGUGUGUGUGGAGUGGCGUCACGUGGAGGAGGUAGAGUCCACUCGGUUCUGUCCAAACAGAACGUGAGCGUUUAGCAGUCUGUCUGUUGGAGCGCCGCUCGGUGCUAAACUGAUUCAUGUUGUUUUUUUAGCCACCCGUCCCUUUAAACUAGACUAUUGUAUCGAAGAAUGAGUGAUAACGAUGAUAUCGAAGUCGAUAGUGACGAAGACUCGCCGAGAUAUCACGGUGUGGCAGACAAACGGGCACACCACAAUGCGCUGGAGCGCAAACGUAGGGACCACAUCAAAGACAGCUUUCACAGCCUCCGGGACUCGGUACCCGCCCUGCAGGGAGAAAAGGUUGGUAAAGCUCAGCCUGCAAGUCCUCCAGGCACACGAUGUUCAGGCUCUCAUCAGUCUACCAAACAGGCGUCGCGAGCUCAAAUCCUAGACAAAGCUACAGAGUACAUCCAAUACAUGAGGCGAAAAAAUCACACGCACCAGCAGGAUAUCGACGACCUGAAGAGGCAGAACGCACUGCUGGAGCAGCAAGUCCGUGCUCUGGAGAAGGUGAAGGGCUCAGCCCAGCUCCAGGCCAGCUACUCGUCGUCUGACAGCAGCCUGUACACCAACCCCAAAGGCAGCGCUGUGUCGGCGUUUGACGGAGGCUCUGACUCGAGCUCCGAGUCGGAGGCCGAGGAGCCGCCCAACAGGAAGAAGCUGCGCAUGGAGGCCAGCUAGAGAGCGGAGCGGUUCAAACCUGGCCAAGGCCGAGGAAGCGGGUCCCAGAGGAGGGCAAGAGGAAAUGCAGCCUUCAAAGCUCUCGAGGCUCAUUAACCCCCUCAUGCCAGCAACAACCACCUCCAGCCGCUCUCACCGUCCUCCAUCUCUCUCCUCCAUAUGUGGGUGGGCUCGCACUGGAGACUCAUGACCCCUCCAACCUCCUCACACCGCCGCCACAAUCUCUCUCUUCCACCCAAUCUCCCAGAACAGGAGGGAGGAAGUCAGCAGGGUGGAAGAUACGUGUAGAGAGCUUCAGGUUUUUUUCCCCUUCCCAUCCCUCUGUUUCUCUCUUUACUUUGGUUCCCUGUCAUUGGUCAUUCCCCCCCUGGCAACAUCUACAAUCCAAAACCCAAAAAGAGGCAGCUUGGCUACUUAAGGACUUGAUGCUUUUUUGUACCCUCAAUAAAGCCCCUCCUCUCGGGGUUGUUUUGCGCCUGGCCUACACCAAGCACUGCUAUAUUAUAUAUAUAUUUUUUGUUUUGUUUAUUUUGUUAUUCUUGAUAAAAAUUAAAAAAAAAACCUGUUUAGAAUUUACACACACACCUAGAUAAAUUGUCCUGGAGAAGUUUACCUUUUUAAAAUAAAAAAUAAAAAAAAAUACUUUUUUCCACUAAAGAAUGUGAAGACGCUUUGAAGCAUAUGUUAAGUGAUACCCACCUCAGGCCCUCUGGAUUGCAGAUGUUUUCUGCCCGACACGUUUGUUAACACAAGAUUUAAAAAAGGAAAAAAAGAAAACCUGGCUCCUUUGUUAAAAUUGAUGUUUUGAAGGAGAAUAUUCCUAAACUUGUAUCGUAUUUUGUCCUUUAGCUUGAAGUAGUGAAUGACUUUAGGUGGCUGAAUACAUUAGGCAUCUCGUUUUAUAUAUUAUAAAAAAAAAAGCAUUGAUUGGAUGUUUUCAAGUUCUAAAGUAUGUUAUGCAUUUUGUAGUAAUCUCACGAGUCAUGGGAAAAAUGCCAAUUUGUCACAUGUAGUUCUCCUUAAGGGUAUGAAAUAGGUAUUGACUGUCAAAAGGUAGCUCCAGUCUUUUGCAGUACAAGGAAGCAAAAAUAAUUCCCUGUCGAUGUGUUGUGCUUUACACAGUAAAAAUCAAUGUUGCUGAAUCCCCCAAGGAAAAAAAGGAAGCAUUUUGCGUGUCUAGGAAACGUGUGUGUGUGUGUGUAUGUAUAUUGUUUCCAUUUUAUUUCCAUUUAGGAGGAUAUCAUUGGUGUAUUUGUUUGUCCGAUUCCAUUCCAUGGAAAUUACAAGUAUGUUGUACAUACUGCCAACAAUUGUCUUGCAAGUUGAGGCCUACCUUUACUAUGAGACUAUAAAAUAAACUAUUUUAUCCUUUAA